AUUAUCCGACAUUUCAUUUUGAAAUAAAUUUCAUUAUAUUUGCCCACAUUACAUGACAUGAAGAUGAUUCUUGAAAAGGUAGAUAGAGCCCACAUGCUGGGCAGUAAAUUAAGAAGGAAAAGUUGUGUUUUAUUCAGCACGGAGAUAACAUGGCUAUGGCGUGGCGUGCUUAUUUAAAGCAACUCCAUGUCCAAACUCGCAGGUCUUCCACUCUUCACUCCUCCACUCCCAAGCAAUACCAACCCAUCAUUUAUAUCACCAAAUCAAAUCAAAUCCCCCAUGACAUACACGCACAUAACAUCACCAUCUCCUUCUGACAUACACAUGCAUUAACUAAAACACAUCUUCAUCAACCUCGUACGUCAACCAAACCAACCCAGUAGUACUUCUCAGAAAACAAAUGGCGAAAACGAAACAAACCCCUACUGUCUUGUUAACCUUAUUCUCUCUGGCCACCUUCUUCGUUCUCUCUCUAUCCUCUGCCGCGGAUUUCUUCCUCUACGGCGGCUGCACGCAGCAACGGUACGCCUCCAACUCGCCCUACGAGUCAAACCUGAACUCUCUCCUCACCUCGCUGGUCAACUCGGCCACGUACUCCUCCUUCAACAAGCUCACCGUGGUCGGCUCCAGCCAGAGCGACGUCGUCCACGGCCUCUACCAGUGCCGUGGCGACCUCGCUAUGCCGGACUGCGCUGCCUGCGUUACCCGCGCUGUCGCUCGAGCCGGCCAGCUCUGCCCAGCGGCGUGUGGUGGCGUGGUGCAACUCGACGGGUGCCUCGUGAAGUACGACAAUUCCACGUUCCUGGGCGUGGAGGACAAGACGGUGGUGCUGAAGAGGUGUGGGCCCUCCAUGGGGUUGGGGUCGGGCACGACCGGCGAGAGGGAUGCAGUAUUGGGUGGCUUGGCGAGUUCGGGUGGGUAUUUUCGGGUUGGCGGGUCGGGUGAGGUGAAGGGCAUGGCGCAGUGUUGUGGGGAUUUGAGUUUUGCGGAGUGUCAGGAUUGUGUGGGGGAUGCGAUCCGACGGCUGAGGAGUGAGUGUGCUGCUGCCGAAUAUGGGGAUAUGUUCUUGGGGAAAUGUUACGUCAGGUUUUCGACAAAUGGGGCUCAUGCAUACAACAAUAAAGCCCAUGGAAAAUCAGACAACGAAGGUGAAAAAACAUUUGCAAUAAUUGUUGGAUUAUUAGCUGGAGUGGCCAUACUCAUUAUUUUCCUUGCUUUCUUGAGAAGGAUGUGUGAGGGACACGGUAAAUAAAUUAUAAUAAAAUGAGUGGGACGACACUGAGCUGCAAAAAAUCUGAGCCUUCUCAUUGGAUUGCUUUUGGGGCCUCUUUUGUUUUCCUUUUUAUCUUGACAACAUCUUUUUCUUUUCUUUUCCUUUUUUCUUUGUUGCCCUCUCUCUUUAUCAUUCACUUUAUUACAAACUUCAAUUCAAAAGAGGACCUUCAUGAGGAUUCAUAUGGGAACACUCAGUCGAAUGCAAAAGGAAAAAGCGAAAGAUGAACAAAAGAUUCUGUUUUCCUCACUCCACUUAACAAUUUGCUUUGUCUCAUCUCCUUCCAAACAAUUAUUUACAUAAUUCUUCUUUUUUCA